AUAAUUUACAUAAAAUGCAUUGUUUCAUACAGUUGAGCAGUAUAUACAUUUUUUUAGCCCAUGUCAUACCAUCUUUUACGCGUUUACCCAAUGACUUAAAACGCGAACGCACGUCACCUUUUAUUUUAACUUUCAACUUUUUCUUUCACCUUUUACGUCCUUAAAUAUGCCAAUAUAAAUAGAAACAGUCUUACUAUCUUCAUACUGUCUUCAGUUUCUAUUUCAGUCAAAACAUCAAUCAAGCAAAAGUUGUUGUUAUUGUCUUUUUAGCUUCUAACUAAAUAUGACCACGGAGCUUGCGUUAGAAAUUGAUACCACCAAUUUCCCUAGAAUUGAUCAAUCCGCAGCUAAGUUACCUACAAGACUUAUCAGAAAUGCCGUAUUCGAAGCUAUAUCAGACAAGUUACAAGACGAAGUAAUCGCGGUCUGUGAAGAGUUAGAGCAGCAGGGCCAUUGUGAUAACAAGUUUCGUGCUGUCAUCUAUCCUUUGCCUCCUGAUACAGACUUUGACAUGCACUUUUUGCUACUACCGCCGAGCUGCUCAAACUCGCUUACACUACCCGAAUUCCAAUUAGAUAAAGACUCUCCGAAGGGUACACCUUCGGCUUUCGCUAUAGUCAAGACAAAAUAUAAAGAUGUCAUCCCUCCGCCUCUGCUAAAGUCUAUACCUACAUCAAGAAGUCACGUAGUCCGAACUCUUCUUAAAAAACCAGCACGCAACCAUUUACGACAUAACCCUAUGUACGCCAAAUCGCGAAAACAAUUCAGCGCUCAACGACCACUUAACAUCAACGCUGCUAUGCUGCAAGCAUGUGGAACACGUAAACCCUAUAAUAAUAGGUGCGAUAACUGUACCGAAGGAAAAGGGUUUUGGGAUAGCUGUGUGGUUGCAUCAAUGGGUAUGGAGUAUGACUUCGGGGGCGCGUGUGCCAACUGUUACUAUAACAGUAGAGGCAGUAGUUGUUCAUUUUUUCAACGUCACCAACUAGAUGAACCAGAUCAAUCGGACCAACUAGAUCCAUCGGAUCAACCAGAAGAACGCCGAAUACAUGCUCCGGAAUACGUGUUUACAGUAACAUUAUACUUGGUCCGCAAGCUGAGUCACACGCGCCUAACCGACGAAAACUCCCAACAACUCGCCAAACCAUCAAGCUUGAACGUACCUACUAGAAGUUACCACAUACGCACGGAGUUGCUCCUUGGAGAAUGGACAUUAAAUAUUACUUUGACCGCUGACGAAAUUUUCAACCUCGCAAGAACGGCACUCCAGCCUCAUUUAUCAACAAUCUCCGAGUCAGAGCCUCAAUUACCAACAACUGAGGCCAUUUUCAUCGCGGCUCUAGUGGAGAGCAAGCCUAAAGCGACGGAAAUAUUUGUGUAACUAUCGGAGCUGAUUUUUAUGGGUAUAAGAAACUAUUUUACCACCGUGAAACUUUCUUUUAAUAGUAGCUUAAGGCAAACGGCGGCAAGGGGUAAGAUAUACGAGAAUGAGGCUUAAUAGGCAUUAUGGAUUCAAGGGCAUGUUGGCAAGUGAUUUACGCCACUUGAUUGGUGUCAUAUAGCUGAUACGGAAUAUUUGGGCGAUUAUUGAGGCAAUAUUGAUGUAAUUACUGAUGAUGUGAUUGAAAAUGUUGUGAGAUCGUGAAAAUGAGUGAAACAUUGUACAAUACCUAAGUACCUAGCCUUAAGUUUACCC